CACCCCGCCCCAUUCUCCCGCUUUCCAUCACCCGCCCCAUUCUCCCUCUUUCCAUCACCCCGCCCCAUUCUCCCGCUUUCCAUCACCCCUCCCCAUUCUCCCUCUUUCCAUCACCCUGCCCCAUUCUCCCGCUUUCCAUCACCCCGCCCCAUUCUCCCUCUUUCCAUCACCCCGCCCCAUUCUCCCUCUUUCCAUCACCCCGCCCCAUUCUCCCUUUUUCCAUAACCCCACCCCAUUCUCCCGCUUUCCAUCACCCCGCCCCAUUCUCCCGCUUUCCAUCACCCCGCCCCAUUCUCCCGCUUUCCAUCACCCCGCCCCAUUCUCCCGCUUUCCAGCACCCCGCCCCAUUCUCCCUCUUUCCAUGACCCCGCCCCAUUCUCCCUCUUUCCAUCACCCCGCCCAUUCUCCCGCUUUCCAUCACCCCGCCCCAUUAUCCCUCUUUCCAUCACCCCGCCCCAUUCUCCCGCUUUCCAUCACCCCGCCCCAUUCUCCCUCUUUCCAUCACCCCGCCCCAUUCUCCCGCUUUCCAUCACCCCGCCCCAUUCUCCCGCUUUCCAUCACCUCGCCCCAUUCUCCCGCUUUCCAUCACCCCGCCCCAUUCUCCCACUUUCCAUCACCCCGCCCCAUUCUCCCGCUUUCCAUCACCCCGCCCUUUCCAUCACCCCGCCCCAUUCUCCCGCUUUCCAUCACCCUGCCCCAUUCUCCCGCUUUCCAUCACCCCGCCCCAUUCUCCCUCUUUCCAUCACCCCGCCCCAUUCUCCCUCUUUCCAUAACCCCGCCCCAUUCUCCCGCUUUCCAUCACCCCGCCCCAUUCUCCCGCUUUCCAUCACCCCGCCCCAUUCUCCCGCUUUCCAGCACCCCGCCCCAUUCUUCCGAUUUCCAUCACCCUGCCCCAUUCUCUCGCUUUCCAGCACCCCGCCCCAUUCUCCCGCUUUCCAUCACCCCCCCCAUUCUCCCGCUUUCCAUCACCCCGCCCCAUUCUCCCGCUUUCCAUCACCCCGCCCCAUUCUCCCGCUUUCCAGCACCCUGCCCCAUUCUCCCGGAUCCCAUCACCCGGCCCCAUUCUCCCGCUUUCCAUCACCCCGCCCCAUUCACCCCGCCCCAUUCUCCCUCUUUCCAUCACCCCGCCCCAUUCUCCCUCUUUCCAUCACCCCGCCCAUUCUCCCGCUUUCCAUCACCCUGCCCCAUUCUCCCGCUUUCCAUCACCCCGCCCCAUUCUCCCUCUUUCCAUCACCCCGCCCCAUUCUCCCGCUUUCCAUCACCCCGCCCCAUUCUCCCGCUUUCCAUCACCUCGCCCCAUUCUCCCGCUUUCCAUCACCCCGCCCCAUUCUCCCACUUUCCAUCACCCCGCCCCAUUCUCCUGCUUUCCAUCACCCCGCCCUUUCCAUCACCCCGCCCCAUUCUCCCGCUUUCCAUCACCCUGCCCCAUUCUCCCGCUUUCCAUCACCCCGCCCAAUUCUCCCUCUCACCCCGCCCCAUUCUUCCGAUUUCCAUCACCCUGCCCCAUUCUCUCGCUUUCCAGCACCCCGCCCCAUUCUCCCGCUUUCCAUCACCCGCCCCAUUCUCCCGCUUUCCAUCACCCCGCCCCAUUCUCCCGCUUUCCAUCACCCCGCCCCAUUCUCCUGCUUUCCAGCACCCUGCCCCAUUCUCCCGGAUCCCAUCACCCGGCCCCAUUCUCCCGCUUUCCAUCACCCCGCCCCAUUGUCCCGCUUUCCAUCACCCGCCCCAUUCUCCCGCUUUCCAUCACCCUGACCCAUUCUUCCUCUUUCCAUCACCCCGCCCCAUUCUCCCUCUUUCCAUCACCCCGCCCCAUCUCCCUCUAUCCAUCACCCCGCCCCAUUCUCCCGCUUUCCAUCACCCCGCCUCAUUCUCUCGCUUUCCAGCACCCCGCCCCAUUCUCCCUCUUUCCAUCACCCCGCCCCAUUCUCCCUCUUUCCAUCACCCCGCCCAUUCUCCCGCUUUCCAUCACCCCGCCCCAUUCUCCCGCUUUCCAUCACCCCGCCCCAUUCUCCCUCUUUCCAUCACCCCGCCCCAUUCUCCCGCUUUCCAUCACCCCGCCCCAUUCUCCCGCUUUCCAUCACCUCGCCCCAUUCUCCCGCUUUCCAUCACCCCGCCCCAUUCUCCCACUUUCCAUCACCCCGCCCCAUUCUCCCGCUUUCCAUCACCCCGCCCUUUCCAUCACCCCGCCCCAUUCUCCCGCUUUCCAUCACCCUGCCCCAUUCUCCCGCUUUCCAUCACCCCGCCCCAUUCUCCCUCUUUCCAUCACCCCGCCCCAUUCUCCCUCUUUCCAUCACCCCGCCCCAUUCUCCCUCUUUCCAUAACCCCGCCCCAUUCUCCCGCUUUCCAUCACCCCGCCCCAUUCUCCCGCUUUCCAUCACCCCGCCCCAUUCUCCUGCUUUCCAGCACCCAGCCCCAUUCUUCCGAUUUCCAUCACCCUGCCCCAUUCUCCCGCUUUCCAUCACCCCGCCCCAUUCUCCCGCUUUCCAUCACCCCGCCCGAUUCUCCCGCUUUCCAUCACCCCGCCCCAUUCUCCCGCUUUCCAGCACCCUGCCCCAUUCUCCCGGAUCCCAUCACCCGGCCCCAUUCUCCCGCUUUCCAUCACCCCGCCCCAUUCACCCCGCCCCAUUCUCCCGCUUUCCAUCACCCGCCCCAUUCUCCUGCUUUCCAUCACCCCGCCCUAUUCUCCCGCUUUCCAUCACCCCUCCCCAUUCUCCCUCUUUCCAUCACCCCGCCCCAUUCUUCCGCUUUCCAUCACCCCGCCCCAUUCUCCCUCUUUCCAUCACCCCGCCCCAUUCUCCCUCUUUCCAUCACCCCGCCCCAUUCUCCCUUUAUCCAUAACCCCGCCCCAUUCUCCCGCUUUCCAUCACCCCGCCCCAUUCUCCCGCUUUCCAUCACCCCGCCCCAUUCUCCCGCUUUCCAUCACCCCGCCCCAUUCUCCCGCUUUCCAGCACCCCGCCCUAUUCUCCCUCUUUCCAUCACCCCGCCCCAUUCUCCCUCUUUCCAUCACCCCGCCCCAUUUUCCCGCUUUCCAUCACCCCGCCCCAUUAUCCCUCUUUCCAUCACCCCGCCCCAUUCUCCCGCUUUCCAUCACCUCGCCCCAUUCUCCCUCUUUCCAUCACCCCGCCCCAUUCUCCCUCUUUCCAUCACCCCGCCCCAUUCUCCCGCUUUCCAUCACCUCGCCCCAUUAUCCCUCUUUCCAUCACCCCGCCCCAUUCUCCCGCUUUCCAUCACCUCGCCCCAUUCUCCCUCUUUCCAUCACCCCGCCCCAUUCUCCCUCUUUCCAUCACCCCGCCCCAUUCUCCCGCUUUCCAUCACCCCGCCCCAUUCUCCCGCUUUCCAUCACCCCGCCCCAUUCUCCCGCUUUCCAUCACCCCGCCCUUUCCAUCACCCCGCCCCAUUCUCCCGCUUUCCAUCACCUUGCCCCAUUCUCCCGCUUUCCACCACCCCGCCCCAUUCUCCCUCUUUCCAUCACCCCGCCCCAUUCUCCCUCUUUCCAUCACCCCGCCCCAUUCUCCCUCUUUCCAUAACCCGGCCCCAUUCUCCCGCUUUCCAUCACCCCACCCCAUUCUCCCGCUUUCCAUCACCCCGCCCCAUUCUCCCGCUUUCCAUCACCCCGCCCCAUUCUCCCGCACUCCAUCACCCCGCCCCAUUCUCCCGCUUUCCAUCACCCGCCCCAUUCUCCCUCUUUCCAUCACCCCGCCCCAUUCUCCCGCUUUCCAUCUCCCCGCACCAUUCUCCCGCUUUCCAUCACCUUGUCCCAUUCUCCCUCUUUCCAUCACCCCGCCCCAUUCUCCCGCUUUCCAGCACCCCGCCCCAUUCUCCCGCUUUCCAUCACCCCACCCGAUUCUCCCGCUUUCCAGCACCCCGCCCCAUUCUCCCGCUUUCCAUCGCCCCGCCCCAUUCUCAGGCUUUCCAUCACCCCGCCCCAUUCUCCCGCUUUCCAUCACCCUGCCCCAUUCUCCCGCUUUCCAUAACCCCGCCCGAUUCUCCCCCUUUCCAUCACCCCGCCCCAUUCACCCCGCCCCAUUCUCCCGCUUUCCAUCACCCCACCCGAUUCUCCCGCUUUCCAGCACCCCGCCCCAUUCUCCCGCUUUCCAUCGCCCCGCCCCAUUCUCAGGCUUUCCAUCACCCCGCCCCAUUCUCCCGCUUUCCAUCACCCUGCCCCAUUCUCCCGCUUUCCAUAACCCCGCCCCAUUCUCCCUCUUUCCAUCACCCCGCCCCAUUCUCCCGCUUUCCAUCACCCGCCCCAUUCUCCCCCGCCCCAUUCUCCCGCUUUCCAUCACCCCGCCCCAUUCUCCCGCUUUCCAGCACCCCACCCCAUUCUCCCGCUUUCCAUCACCCCACCCCAUUCUCCCUCUUUCCAUCACCCCGCCCCAUUCUCCCGCUUUCCAUCACCUUCACCCCGCCCCAUUCUCCCGCUUUCCAUCACCCCGCCCCAUUCUCCCGCUUUCCAUCACCCCGCCCCAUUCUCCCGCUUUCCAUCACCCUGCCCCAUUCUCCCGCUUUCCAUAACCCCGCCCCAUUCUCCCUCUUUCCAUCACCCCGCCCCAUUCUCCCGCUUUCCAUCACCCGCCCCAUUCUCCCGCUUUCCAUCACCCCGCCCCAUUCUCCCUCUUUCCAUCACCCCGCCCCAUUCUCCCUCUUUCCAUCACCCCGCCCCAUUCUCCCUCUUUCCAUCACCCCGCCCCAUUCUCCCGCUUUCCAUCACCCCGCCCUAUUCUCCCUCUUUCCAUCACCCCGCCCCAUUCUCCCUCUUUCCAUCACCCCGCCCCAUUCUCCCUCUUUCCAUUACCCCGCCCCACUCUCCCGCUUUCCAUCACCCGCCCGAUUCUCCCGCUUUCCAUCACCCCGCCCCAUUCUCCCGCUUUCCAUCACCCCGCCCCAUUCUCCCGCUUUCCAUCACCCCGCCCCAUUCUCCCCCGCCCCAUUCUCCCGCUUUCCAUCACCCCGCCCCAUUCUCCCGCUUUCCAGCACCCCACCCCAUUCUCCCGCUUUCCAUCACCCCUCCCGAUUCUCCCGCUUUCCAUCACCCGCCCGAUUCUCCCGCUUUUCAUCACCCCGUCCCAUUCUCCCGCUUUCCAUCACCCUGCCCCAUUCUCCCGCUUUCCAUCACCCCGCCCCAUUCUCCCCCGCCCCAUUCUCCCGCUUUCCAUCACCCCGCCCCAUUCUCCCGCUUUCCAGCACCCCACCCCAUUCUCCCGCUUUCCAUCACCCCGCCCGAUUCUCCCGCUUUCCAUCACCCCGACCCAUUCUCCCGCUUUCUAUCACCCCGCCCCAUUCUCCCGCUUUCCAGCACCCCACCCCAUUCUCCCGCUUUCCAUCACCCCGCCCGAUUCUCCCGCUUUCCAUCACCCCGACCCAUUCUCCCGCUUUCUAUCACCCCGCCCCAUUCUCCCGCUUUCCAUCACCCCCCCCGAUUCUCCCGCUUUCCAUCACCCGCCCGAUUCUCCCGCUUUUCAUCACCCCGUCCCAUUCUCCCGCUUUCCAUCACCCUGCCCCAUUCUCCCGCUUUCCAUCACCCCGCCCCAUUCUCCCCCGCCCCAUUCUCCCGCUUUCCAUCACCCCGCCCCAUUCUCCCGCUUUCCAGCACCCCACCCCAUUCUCCCGCUUUCCAUCACCCCGCCCGAUUCUCCCGCUUUCCAUCACCCCGACCCAUUCUCCCGCUUUCUAUCACCCCGCCCCAUUCUCCCUUUUUCCAUCACCCCGCCCCAUUCUCCCUCUUUCCAUCACCCCGCCCCAUUCUCCCUCUUUCCAUCACCCCGCCCCAUUCGCCCGCUUUCCAUCACCCCGCCCUAUUCUCCCUCUUUCCAUCACCCCGCUCCAUUCUCCCUCUUUCCAUCACCCCGCCCCAUUCUCCCUCUUUCCAUUACCCCGCCCCACUCUCCCGCUUUCCAUCACCCGCCCGAUUCUCCCGCUUUCCAUCACCCCGCCCCAUUCUCCCGCUUUCCAUCACCCCGCCGCAUUCUCCCCCGCCCCAUUCUCCCGCUUUCCAUCACCCCGCCCCAUUCUCCCGCUUUCCAGCACCCCACCCCAUUCUCCCGCUUUCCAUCACCCCUCCCGAUUCUCCCGCUUUCCAUCACCCGCCCGAUUCUCCCGCUUUUCAUCACCCCGUCCCAUUCUCCCGCUUUCCAUCACCCCGCCCCAUUCUCCCGCUUUCCAUCACCCCGCCCCAUUCUCCCCCGCCCCAUUCUCCCGCUUUCCAUCACCCCGCCCCAUUCUCCCGCUUUCCAGCACCCCACCCCAUUCUCUCGCUUUCCAUCACCCCGCCCGAUUCUCCCGCUUUCCAUCACCCCGACCCAUUCUCCCGCUUUCUAUCACCCCGCCCCAUUCUCCCGCUUUCCAUCACCCCGCCCCAUUCUCCCGCUUUCCAUCUCCCCGCACCAUUCUCCCGCUUUCCAUCACCCCUCCCCAUUCUCCCGCUUUCCAGCACCCCGCCCGAUUCUCCCGCUUUCCAUCACCCCGCCCGAUUCUCGCGCUUUCCAUCACCCCGCCCCAUUCUCGACCUUUCCAUCACCCCUCCCGAUUCUCCCCCUUUCCAUCACCCCGCCCCAUUGUCCCUCUUUCCAUCACCCCGCCCCAUUCUCCCGCUUUUUAUCACCUUGUCCCAUUCUCCCUCUUUCCAUCAACCCGCCCCAUUCUCCCGCUUUCCAGCACCCCGCCCCAUUCUCCCGCUUUCCAUCACCCCACCCGAUUCUCCCGCUUUCCAGCACCCCGCCCCAUUCUCCCGCUUUCCAUCACCCCGCCCCAUUCUCCCGCUUUCCAUCACCCCGCCCCAUUCUCCCGCUUUCCAUCACCCCGCCCCAUUCUCCCGCUUUCCAUAACCCCGCCCCAUUCUCCCUCUUUCCAUCACCCCGCCCCAUUCUCCCGCUUUCCAUCACCCGCCCCAUUCUCCCGCUUUCCAUCACCCCGCCCCAUUCUCCCUUUUUUUAUCACCCCGCCCCAUCCUCCCUCUUUCCAUCACCCCGCCCCAUUCUCCCUCUUUCCAUCACCCCGCCCCAUUCUCCCGCUUUCCAUCACCCCGCCCUAUUCUCCCUCUUUCCAUCACCCCGCCCCAUUCUCCCUCUUUCCAUCACCCCGCCCCAUUCUCCCUCUUUCCAUUACCCCGCCCCACUCUCCCGCUUUCCAUCACCCGCCCGAUUCUCCCGCUUUCCAUCACCCCGCCCCAUUCUCCCGCUUUCCAUCACCCCGCCCCAUUCUCCCGCUUUCCAUCACCCCGCCCCAUUCUCCCCCGCCCCAUUCUCCCGCUUUCCAUCACCCCGCCCCAUUCUCCCGCUUUCCAGCACCCCACCCCAUUCUCCCGCUUUCCAUCACCCCUCCCGAUUCUCCCGCUUUCCAUCACCCCGACCCAUUCUCCCGCUUUCCAUCACCCCGCCCCAUUCUCCCGCUUUCCAUCACCCCGCCCCAUUCUCCCGCUUUCCAUCUCCCCGCCCCAUUCUCCCCCGCCCCAUUCUCCCGCUUUCCAUCACCCCGCCCCAUUCUCCCGCUUUCCAUCACUCCGCCCCAUUCUCCCUCCUUCCAUCACCCCGCCCCAUUCUCCCUCCUUCCAUCACCCCGCCCCAUUCUCCCUCCUUCCAUCACCCCGCCCCAUUCUCCAUCCUUCCAUCACCCCGCCCCAUUCUCCCGCUUUCCAUCACCCCGCCCUAUUCUCCCUCUUUCCAUCACCCCGCCCCAUUCUCCCUCUUUCCUUCACCCCGCCCCAUUCUCCCUCUUUCCAUUACCCCGCCCCACUCUCCCGCUUUCCAUCACCCGCCCGAUUCUCCUGCUUUCCAUCACCCCGCCCCAUUCUCCCGCUUUCCAUCACCCCGCCCCAUUCUCCCGCUUUCCAUCACCCCGCCCCAUUCUCCCCCGCCCCAUUCUCCCGCUUUCCAUCACCCCGCCCCAUUCUCCCGCUUUCCAUCACUCCGCCCCAGUCUCCCUCCUUCCAUCACCCCGCCCCAUUCUCCCUCCUUCCAUCACCCCGCCCCAUUCUCCCUCCUUCCAUCACCCCGCCCCAUUCUCCCGCUUUCCAUCACCCCGCCCCAUUCUCCCGCUUUCCAUCACCCCGCCCCAUUCUCCAGCUUUCGAUCACCCCGCCCCAUUCUCCCUCCUUCCAUCACCCCGCCCCAUUCUCCCGCUUUCCAUCACCCCGCCCCAUUCUCCCGCUUUCCAUCACCCCUCCCCAUUCUCCCGCUUUCCAGCACCCCGCCCGAUUCUCCCGCUUUCCAUCACCCCGCCUGAUUCUCGCGCUUUCCAUCACCCCGCCCCAUUCUCGACCUUUCCAUCACCCCGCCCGAUUCUCCCCCUUUCCAUCACCCCGCCCCAUUCUCCCUCUUUCCAUCACCCCGCCCCAUUCUCCCGCUUUCCAUCACCUUCACUCCGCCCCAUUCUCCCGCUUUCCAUCACCCCGCCCCAUUCUCCCGCUUUCCAUCACCCCGCCCCAUUCUCCCGCUUUCCAUCACCCUGCCCCAUUCUCCCGCUUUCCAUAACCCCGCCCCAUUCUAACUCUUUCCAUCACCCCGCCCCAUUCUCCCGCUUUCCAUCACCCGCCCCAUUCUCCCGCUUUCCAUCACCCUGCCCCAUUCUCCCUCUUUCCAUCACCCCGCCCCAUUCUCCCUCUUUCCAUCACCCCGCCCCAUUCUCCCUCUUUCCAUCACCCCGCCCCAUUCUCCCGCUUUCCAUCACCCCGCCCUAUUCUCCCUCUUUCCAUCACCCCGCCCCAUUCUCCCUCUUUCCAUCACCCCGCCCCAUUCUCCCUCUUUCCAUUACCCCGCCCCACUCUCCCGCUUUCCAUCACCCGCCCGAUUCUCCCGCUUUCCAUCACCCCGCCCCAUUCUCCCGCUUUCCAUCACCCCGCCCCAUUCUCCCGCUUUCCAUCACCCCGCCCCAUUCUCCCCCGCCCCAUUCUCCCGCUUUCCAUCACCCCGCCCCAUUCUCCCGCUUUCCAUCACUCCGCCCCAUUCUCCCUCCUUCCAUCACCCCGCCCCAUUCUCCCUCCUUCCAUCACCCCGCCCCAUUCUCCCUCCUUCCAUCACCCCGCCCCAUUCUCCAUCCUUCCAUCACCCCGCCCCAUUCUCCCGCUUUCCAUCACCCCGCCCUAUUCUCCCUCUUUCCAUCACCCCGCCCCAUUCUCCCUCUUUCCAUCACCCCGCCCCAUUCUCCCUCUUUCCAUUACCCCGCCCCACUCUCCCACUUUCCAUCACCCGCCCGAUUCUCCCGCUUUCCAUCACCCCGCCCCAUUCUCCCGCUUUCCAUCACCCCGCCCCAUUCUCCCGCUUUCCAUCACCCCGCCCCAUUCUCCCCCGCCCCAUUCUCCCGCUUUCCAUCACCCCGCCCCAUUCUCCCGCUUUCCAUCACUCCGCCCCAUUCUCCCUCCUUCCAUCACCCCGCCCCAUUCUCCCUCCUUCCAUCACCCCGCCCCAUUCUCCCUCCUUCCAUCACCCCGCCCCAUUCUCCAUCCUUCCAUCACCCCGCCCCAUUCUCCCGCUUUCCAUCACCCCGCCCCAUUCUUCCGCUUUCCAUCACCCCGCCCCAUUCUCCAGCUUUCCAUCACCCCGCCCCAUUCUCCCUCCUUCCAUCACCCCGCCCCAUUCUCCCGCUUUCCAUCACCCCGCCCCAUUCUCCCGCUUUCCAUCACCCCGCCCCACUCUCCCGCUUUCCAUCACCCCGCCCCAUCUCGCGCUUUCCAUCACCCCGCCCCGUUCUCCCGCUUUCCAUCACCCCGCCCCAUUCUCCCGCUUUCCAUCUCCCCGCCCCAUUCUCCCGCUUUCCAUCACCCCGCCCCAUUCUCCCUCCUUCCAUCAGCCCGCCUCAUUCUCCCGCUUUCCAUCACCCCGCCCCAUUCUCCUUCCUUCCAUCACCCCGCCCCAUUCUCCCUCCUUCCAUCACCCCGCCCCAUUCUCCCUCCUUCCAUCACCCCGCCCCAUUCUCCCGCUUUCCAUUACCCCACCCUAUUCUCCCGCUUUCCAUCACCCCGCCCCAUUCUCCCGCUUUCCAUCACUCCGCCCCAUUCUCCCGCUUUCCAUUACCCCGCCCUAUUCUCCCGCUUUCCAUCACCCCGCCCCAUUCUCCCGCUUUCCAUCACCCCGCCCCAUUCUCCCGCUUUCCAUCACCCCGCCCCAUUCUCCCGCUUUCCAUCACACCUGCCCCAUUCUCCCGCUUUCCAUCACGGGGUGGAAGCUUUCUUCCGCCGGUUCACAUGGCUGCACUUGUCUAG